ACCAAGCACUUGCGCAACAACAACAACAACAACAAUUUCUUCAGCAACAGCAACAAUGUCAACAACUACUUCAACAAAAGUCACAACAGUUUCAGCAACAACUUCAAUACCAACAAUAGCAACAGCCAUAGCGAUUUGUGCAAUAGUGUGGCUGGGGAGCGACGGUCGAGGCUGUCUAUGGAGGCAGUUGAGGUUGGGGAGGUGGGCGAGGUGGUGGGGAAGGAAGUUAUCGCGGGUCGCUAUUAUGUGACUGAGUACCUGGGGUCAGCAGCAUUCAGCAAGGCGAUCCAAGCUCACGACCUGCACACUGGGAUGGAUGUGUGCCUCAAGAUCAGCAAGAACAAUAAGGACAUCUUCGACCAGAGCCUUGACGAGAUCAAGCUGCUCAAGUUCAUUAAUAGGCAUGACCCCGCGGACGAGCACCACCUGCUGCGGAUGUACGACUACUUCUAUCAUAGGGAGCAUCUGUUUAUAAUAUGCGAGUUGCUGCGUGCCAACCUGUACGAGUUCUGCAAGUACAACUGGGAAUCAGGAGGGGAGGACCCAUCGACCCCCAGCUGCUACGCAAAGCUAAAGAUACCCAUAACACCAACUGCCGAUGGGAGACGAAGGCUUUCUUGAGUUUGUGGCGUUCCUGCUACAGGUAGACCCGGACAAGAGACCGUCUGCAGAUGAAGCCCUUCUACACCCAUGGCUGUCGCAUGCGUAUGAUCCGAUCAUAUGAC